UCAACAAAUCAAUAAUGGUCCAACACAGCAUCUUCAGCUCAGUAGUAGAGACUGGAUAGAGAGUGAGGGGUAGCAGAGAGAAAACCCCUCUAACAGAGAAUCCCAGGAGGAAGCCAGUAAAGAUACACUGUUUCAUAAGGAAGCAGUCAAGAUCCAAUGUUCGUGAAAAGUGCUUCGAUUGCAUUCAAGUGCACAUGUGAAAGAUAUCUAAUCUCAGACUGUAAUGCGCGGAUUUUUACGUGGUACAUUGUACUGUGCUCUGUGGUAUGGUAGUAUCGUAGCAGGUUUUUUAUUUAUCGCCUGUCCGCUUUUGCCAUUGUUAUUGCUUAGCCCACCAAGAUUUCGAAAAUGUGGAGAUCUUCUAUUCUCGUGCUGGGAACUUUAUCCUACCGCUCUCUUGAACGCGUUUGGUGUAAAAAUCUAUGUAUCUGGCGAUCAUAUAUCUCCUCAUGAAUCGGCCGUGCUUGUGAUGAAUCACAGAACAAGGGUGGAUUGGAACUUUCUGUGGGCAGCGAUGUAUCAAGCGUGUAUGCCUAAUGUCGGUUGUCAUAAAUUAAAAUUUAUUUUAAAGGACCCUAUACGACACAUUCCUGGCCCAGGAUGGAUAAUGCAAAUGAAUGGUUUCCUUUAUAUAACGCGACGCUGGGAAGAGGAUCGAGGCCGAUUGUCGCAUACGCUCGAUUAUUUGAUCGCAUUAGAUAGCCGCACGCAGCUGCUGAUAUUUCCGGAAGGCACCGAUCUGACGGAGAGCAGCAAGGAGAAGUCGGAUAAAUAUGCCUUGCAGCAUCACUUGCCGCGAUACACCUACACCCUACAUCCGAAAACGACGGGCUUCGCUUACUUGGUUCAGCAUCUCCAGCGAGCGAGUUACCUCGACGCCGUGUACGACCUGACCAUAGCGUAUCCGGACUACAUACCGCAGUCCGAGGUCGAUCUGAUCAUGGGUAGAUUCCCAAACGAGGUGCACUUCCACAUAAAACGAAUAUCAUCCGCGGAUAUACCGGCGCACGAUGACUCGACCCUGAGAAGGUGGUUGGAAGACCGAUGGUACGACAAGGAGGCGAUACUUAAAGAAUUCUAUGAACAGAAGGCAUUCUCCGCUCAGAUCUGGCCGAUGGCGAAAACGCUGCCGUUGCAAGUCGCCUUUGGAUUCUGGAGUGUAUUAACAGGGAUGACAGUGCUUUUGCUCAUUGUUUCUCCGAUCUUUCAACUCUGGGCCCUGUUUCACGCAGUGUUUUUCAUUGGAUUGUCGAUCCUCAAUAUAUGCUUCAAUCAGAUGGAAAUAGAGUGGUAUUGGCGCUGGAGAAAUUAUUUCUUUUAAAUUGAACAUAGUUAAUUGAGAAUAUAUUUUUGUUUCGUCAUUAGAGGGUAUUAGAGGGUGUAGCUCUUUGUCUCUGUGAUAAUCCUGUAUAUAAAAACGUAAUAUUACAAGAAGGGCGAAUAUAACUUCAAGAAUUUUAUUGCAAUAUCGCAAUUUAGUGUAUUUAUAUCUAAUAAUGGGUUUCUUUUUUUAAAAAAGUUUCAAAUUGUUUCAUCAUAUAAGACAUUGUUUCUAUAUAAAUUUAUUAUUAUUAUAAAUUAUUUAAAAUUCAGUAAAAGUCCACAAAAAUUUGCAAAAAUCUUAAAAACUCUUACAAUAUCUUGAAAUCCUUAAAAAUUUUGAAAAUCUAAAAUAU